AUGUCAACCGAACAUUUUCCCGCAUACGGGCCGACACCCCUUCGCUCGGCCCUGAAAGCGGACGACGACGGUGACAGGACACCGCCUGUCAGCGGCUCCCUCAAAGCUGUCCAGAUCGCCGAGCCCGUCGAGGAACACUUCGUUGACGACGCCGACCCCAGCCAGUCCUCCAAGCUCUUCCGCGUAAGCUCUUCCAGCAAGCGUAUGAGCGGCAAGCCCGUCUCUUCUUCGCGCUCCUCCAUCAGCGAGCCCUCUCCCGCUUUACGGCCCCAGGACGACCCCUACUCCUCACAGACACGUUCCUCCCGUCACGACAACAACCGCCAAUACUACAGCGAGAAGCUGCUUGCACAGGUUAGCGACUGGCUCGAGCACGAGCGACACAAGGCUGCGAGUCGCAAGAAGCGCACCCACCUACACCACCACCACCACCCGCGCCGCUCCUCCCAAUCCCCGCCCGACGGCAGCCGCACGGCGCACAGCGGCCCCGAUGCCGACAAUGUUGACCCCACCGCCGCUGCUCCCCAGGUUCAGCACCGGCAGCGCUCCGACUCGGUCGACUCCCAGGCGAGCGACGUCUCCCUCGACCGCCUCCAACGUAUCGUCGAGGACUCUAUGGCGUCCAUGGGCCUCACAGCUGUCCCGCACUUCAGCCCCCACCCGCCCCGGCAGAAGCCACCCAAGCGCCGCGGCUCGCUGCGCGCCGCCGCCUCCUCGGACACCGAGUACGGCGAGGGCGACGUCGUCGUGCCCAGUUGUGACGCCUGGCUCGACAACUCUAAGACGCUCGUCUACUCGGGCGCCGCACUGAGCAAUGAGGCACCCGAAGCCACGGCCACGGCUACCCGCGUCGCCAAGGAGAAGGAGGUCUGGCUGGUGUUCAAGAAUGAAAUUAUUCGCAUCGCGCACACCCUGCGGCUCAAGGGCUGGCGCCGUGUACCCCUCGGCGACGGCCACCGUAUCUGGGUUGAGCGCUUGAGCGGCGCCUUAACCAACGCCGUCUAUGUCGUCACCCCACCCGCCGAUAUCCUCGAGGUCGAGGGCAAGAAGAUGCCACCGAAGAUCCUACUCCGCAUUUACGGCCCCCAGGUCGAGCACCUGAUUGACCGCGAAAACGAGCUUAAGGUCCUCCAGCGUCUGGCGCGCAAGAAGAUCGGUCCGCGGUUGCUUGGCACAUUUAAGAAUGGCCGCUUCGAGCAGUACUUUAACGCCAUCACGCUGUGCCCGAGCGACCUGCGCGAACCCGACACCAUGAAGCAGAUUGCUAAGCGCAUGCGCGAGCUGCACGACGGCAUCGAACUGCUCCCGUCGGAGCGGGACGCCGGCCCCGGCAUCUGGAAGAAUUGGGACCAGUGGCUCGACAAUGUUGGCCGUAUUGUGCAGUUUCUCGACCAGGAUCUGCACAACGUCCCCGAAGGACCGCGCGCCGCCUCGGUUGUGCAUGCCUGGAAAGCCAACGGCUACGUCUGCGGCGCGCCCUGGCCCCAGUUCCUGGCCGCCGUCAUCAAGUUUAGAGCCUAUCUUGACAGUUUCUACAAGACCCCCAAAGCACUUCGCGAAAGCCUAGUCUUUGCCCAUUCCGAUACACAAUACGGCAACAUUCUUCGUAUCCGCCCCGACGACGAAAAGUCGCCCCUCCUCCAGGCUGCCAACAAGCACAAACAGCUCAUCGUCAUUGACUUUGAGUACGCUGCCGCUAACACGCCCGGCCUCGAGUUCGCCAACCACUUCACCGAGUGGACCUACAACUACCACGACCCCGUCACCUCGCACGCCUGCAACGUGGAGCGCUACCCGACGCCCGAGGAGCAGCACCACUUCAUCAAGGCCUACAUCAACCACCGCCCGCAGUUUCCCGCCCUCGGCACCCCGCGCAUACUGCCCCAAGACAGCAGCAGCAGCAGCACGGCUGCCAACACGGCCGCCAACGCGGGCGCCGGCUCUGGAUCGUGCACGGGCACGCCGGCUCUGUUGCCCACCGCGUCAAGCAGCUCCAUCGUCGAGUUUAUGCUCGACGCCCGCGCGCCCGUCGGUGGCUGGUCCGCUGCUGAGCGCGCCCGCGAGGAGCAGAGCGAAGCACAGGUCCGCGAGCUCAUGGAAUCGACGCGCCUCUGGCGUACCGCCAACAGCGCCAUGUGGGCCGCCUGGGGCGUCGUCCAGGCCAAGAUUCCCGGCCUCGACGAGGCCAACCGCCCCGUGGCCCGCGACGUCGCCGAGAAGGCCGAGGAAGAAAUGGGUGUUGACGAGUUUGACUACCUCAGCUACACACAGAGCCGCGCCUUCUUCUUCUGGGGCGACUGCGUCAAGCACGGCAUUGUAUCGCUCGAGGAGCUGCCGGAGACGUUGCGCCCACAAAUCAAAAUGGUUGACUAUUAA